CUAAUCAUAUUCAAGACUCUCACGUGUAAAAACCCAAUUGGUUCUCUGGAAUUUCUGGGGCCAUCCAUGGCUUCACAUGAAGCAAAUCCAUAUCUUUCCAAACUAUCCAACAUUCAUUAAUGGCGGGCAUCAGUUGCUGUUGCUCACUCUCUUCUCCAAGCAAUUUGGGGACGGUUUCAUUGAGGUUUAACGGUGGAAGAAGAGCAAGAGUUUUGAGUAAAAGUUUGAGGAUAAAUGCAGAGAUUAGUUAUGUAAGUGGUGAAGAAGCAAAGAGGCUUGUGGCAGAAGAAGGGUACACGAUUGUGGAUGUUAGGGAUAGAAUUCAGUAUGAAAGAGCUCAUAUUAAAUCAUGCCGACAUGUUCCUCUUUUCGUUGAGAAUAAGGACAAUGAUCCAGGAACUAUAGUGAAGAGGCAACUGCAUAACAAUUUCUCGGGUUUAUUUUAUGGAUUGCCAUUUACUAAGCCUAAUCCCGAAUUCGUGGAGUCAGUAAAGAGCCAGUUCUCACCCAACAGUAAAAUUCUAAUAGUUUGCCAAGAAGGCCUCAGGUCUUCUGGGGCUGCAAACAAGUUAGAGGCAGCUGGAUUUCAGAAUAUUGCAUGCAUAACAUCAGGACUCCAAUCUGUAAAGCCAGGAUGGUUCGAUGUUGAGGGUUCUACGGAGCUACAAGACGCGGGUAAGGGGGGUUUAGUUCAAGUGCAAGGCAAAAUCUCAGCUGUUCUUGGAACCGUACUCAUCUGUGCAUAUCUUUUCAUAACUUUCUUUCCGGAUCAAGCAGAAAAGAUUCUCGCUUUGUUUCCUUCCGUAACGUCCGAACGAUGAGAUGAGAAGUUUUGCAUUUGUUAUUUUGUAUGAAUGAUGAUUUGAGUGAAGAUCCUUGACAACAUAGAUCAUAUGAUGAUCUGUGCUGUCAUUUUACUUGUAGGACAGUUCUUGAUUUUGUGACUCGUAUACGAACAUGAUUUCUUUACAUA